AUGAUUCUCCCAUCUCUGAAAUAUCACUGCACAUCUCAGCGGGUUCAAUAUUUCAAAGAGAUUCUCACAGCUGUCGCUAGUUCGAUUAUUUUAUGGGGACUAUUUGUAGUGACUCAAUAUUCGUAUGGCUUGUAUGUUACCGAGCGCUCGCUCGUUACUCACACAUGGGAGCUCUACGGGCCGAUGUUUACCGGGACUGCAGCAUGUUCGGUGACCGUGAAUCUGCUUGCACUUUCUCUUUGCCUUCAAUGUUCCAAUUUCACAAGGCCAGUCCGAUAUUUCUUGAUCUUCGAUGUAAUCGGCCGUGCUCUUGUCUCAUUUUACUACUUGAUAGCCGUGUUUUGCGCUAUUCACCCAAAUCUCUCCGUGUGCACUGAGAGCUUGUUCCCCUUCAUAAUCAACUCCUUGAACUGGCUACUGAUGCCCGAUAUUAAUGCAACGCUGACUCUUGUUUUGGAGAGCAUCCUCGAGACUGCGCUUGUCACCAUCAUCAUUUCGCUUGACUGGAUCACUUUGUACAAGAUCAUGAAGCGACGGAAGGGCGACUACAAGCAAGCGGAUGUAAAGCUGGGAUUACAAGUUCAAUCACAUUUCGAUUAC